AUGAACUCGAGUGCUGCGGCGUCCGCUGCGGCGGCCGCGGAGCUGCACCUCAAAAUGUGCAAGAAGGUGGCGCAGCUCACCAAGGUCAUCUUCCAGCUCAACACGCGCAACGAGGACUACCAGGCCGAGGCGGAGCACACGCGCAGUGCACACGCCGCGGAGAUCCAGAAGCUCACGCAGGACGCAGUGGACAAGAUGCGCGCGCUGCAGAACAAACUGCAGACCCAAGCGGCCACUGCAGCGCAGAGAGAGCGACAGCAUGUUGCGGAUCGACAGAAGCUCAUGAGUGAGGCGCAGCAGCAGCAACGCCGGACGCAGGCGAGUCGCGCGGCCGCGGAGGAGGCUUUCCAGGCCAAAGUGACGGAGCUCGAAGCGCAGGUUCAUGACGCGCAGCGGGCGUUCGAUGAGCGCGUGGAGCAGCUCACGCAGCUCGCUGCGGUCGAUGAGAAGGAGCGAGCUGUGAGCGCGCAGCAGGCGGCGCUGGAGUUCGACGCCAAGAUGGACGAGUUGAGGGAGAAACACACCGACGAGGUGGAGCAGCUCGUCACGACGUCCAACGCUAAGUUCAACAAGAUGCUGGCGGAGCAGCUUCGAGCCCAGGACGCGCUGAAGGCGGACCUGGUGAGCGCCAAACUUGACUGGGAGAAGCAGAGGCAGGAGGCGACAGCAGAGCACGAGCGCAAGCGGCUAGAGCAGGAGGUGGCGGCCAAGACGGCGUUCGACAAGAUGAAGCACGAGCUGGUGACCAAGAUCGAGGCGUUGCUGGUGGAUGUGGAGGCGCUGCGCGGUAGCGAGACCAAGCUGCGCGAGGAGAAGGAGGCGAUGGUGAAGACCCAGCAAGAAACAGCACGGACGAUGAAGCAGUUGGAGCUGCAGCUCUCCAAGGCCCAGCAAGACUCGCAGAGUGUGCGUCGAGACGCUUCUGCUCACGCUGAAGAGCUCCAGCGCAUGCUAGCGGUCAGCACCGACAAGAUCGACGAGCUCGCGCAAGAGCUUGUGACGCUCAAGCAGACGCUGCAGACUCGAGAUCGAGCGCUGCUUCAGGUGCAAAAAGACCUCGAGGCUGCGCAGAUGGAGACGCUGAAGCAGAACGCGAGUGCGUCGGAGCUGGAAGCGCAGCUCCGCCAGCAACUGAAUGAGCACGAGCUGCAGCUUGCGAACGGCAAGAGCGAGGCGCUGCUCGCGUCUCAGCGACUUGAAGCCGGCCAGAAGCAGAUCCACAAACUCGAACUGGAGCUAGCGGCUGCGUUGAAGUCUGUGGCCGAUAUGCAGACGGAAGGCGCCAACAGCACGCUCACUCAAGCCAAGCUGAAGCAGGAGCUGGCGCGCGCAGAAGCCGAGACGAAGCAAGCGAAAAUCGACAGUGAGCGAGCGUUGACGCUGCUUCAACAGACCCACGAGACCAAGCUUCAAGAGUUGAUGAGCUCCCACACGCACGAGAUGGAGACACAGCGAGUGGCGGCUGCGAAGCAGCUGGAGCAGUUGGAACUGCGUAUGAAGGAGGCGUCGGCAAAGUCGACCGAUGAGAGGAUAGCGGAGCUCAAGAGAGAGCACCAGCAGGUCUUGGCUGAGCAUGAGGCCGCUUCAACCUCUGCGCAGACGAAACUCCGCGACGACAUUGCUAAGUUAGAGGCGCAAGUGAAAACAUUAAACGACCAGCUAGCAGCUCAGCUCCAGCAGUUUGCAGAGUUGCAGAAGAAGAAUGCAGAUUUGACCCGACAACUCGAGAGCUCCCGGCAGCAAGUGGCUUCAUUACAAUCUGCUAAAGACGCUCUGCAGUCGUCCACGCUGAAGUCGCAAAAGGAGCGGGAUGAAGCACACCAAAACCGAUUUCGAGAGCUUGAGUCGCAGCAUGGGACCGCUAUCAAGGCCCUUACAGCAGAGAAGACCCAGCAAGAGCAGCAGCACGCCAAAGCCAUUCUCCAGCUGGCUCAAGACCAUGCAGACGCUCUACGGACCAGCACAGAGCGGCUUGAGUCUCGAAGGCUAGAGGAACUUGCAGACCAAGAGAAGCGCAUGCGGGAGCUGUACGAACCGCAGCUCACCAAACUCCAAGUAGACGUUGAGAGCCUGCAACGAGCUCUUGGAGCCUCAACCGAAGAAGCCUCUGAAGCGCGACGAUCGAUGGAGGAGACGAGGCUUUUCGAGCAAGAGCAGCUUCGUAGCGCCAUCGUCGGGUUUGCCGAGCGAACGGCAGCAGAUCGAGCUCGUGCAGAGCAAACGUCGCGCCAGGAACUGGAGAAACUUCGUCAGGGUCACGCGAACCACGAGCGUGAACUGGAAAAACGUUUUCUAGACGAGUCGACAGCUCAACUUUCAAGUCUCCAGGCGAAAGCUGACGCCGACCUUGCUCGGUUAGUAUCGGAGCAUCGCCAAGAGCUCCAGACGUCUGCCCAGCUACACGCCGAGGCAUUGCAGAAGCUCCAGGAGAGCUUGAACAGUGCGCAGGAGCGCUCCAUCUUGGCCGAGAGAGCAGAUGCUGCUAAGCAGCUCGCCGAACUCAGCUCCAAGAAAGACCGGGAGCGCUCGGAAGCUCUGCGCGAUGCUCAAAACGCUCACGACCAGCAGUACGGAGAGCUACGCACUGAAUUGGACUCCACGAAGGAAGCGCUGGCGAAGAAGACGCUGGACUGGGCGAGUGCGAUGCGCGACGGGCAGAGUCUCAGUGCUGCGUUGGCCGCCAAGACCGAGGAGAUGGCCCAGAAGCUGGCGGUUCUGGAGAAAAGCUCGCGCGAGCAGGUGGAGACGCUCAAGUUGGCUGCGAAACGCGAGAUGGACAAGCUGCUGGAGGAAAACCUGGCCGAGACGAAGCAGCUGAGCGACCAGUUCGAGGAAACUCGACGCGUGAUGGCCGAAAAGGUGGCGCACCUCAAGACGACGAUCGCCGAGUGGCAGGACAGGUACGCGCGCCGUGAGAGUCGCCCCGAGGACGUCGCGCGCAUCGUCGAGCUGGAGCGGUACGUGGUGGAGAAGGACGCGCUGGUGCGGCGCACGCUGGACGAGAUGGCCUACUUCAAGCGCGAGCUGCUCAACCGCGAGGAAAUGUACAACAAGACCUUCGCGCGGACGCCCAACGUCGGGAUGCUGCAGGUGCUCAAGCCCCACGUCCAGCUGCAGCAGCAGAUGCAGCAGUCGAUGAACCAGCCGAUGCAGACGCUCAACCCGAUGCACGCCACUCCACCGCCGCGGUCACGAGCCAAAUCCAAGACUCCAGAGCAGCCAGGAGAGUUGACGCGGAGACGCAGCGAGCGCAGCGGACUCAGCGCCUCGCCACCGUCCACUGCGCCGUCGUCAAGUAACCAGAAGGCGCUCCCCCCACUGCACAAUAACCAGGCCAGCUAG